CCAUAAUCAUCGCUUUUGAAGGAGAGAAAGAAGAAGAAAGAGGCAAACUUUGCUCGCAUGGUGACGUGCGAGGUCAGGUCACCAAUCAAGCCGUCAAAAGGACACCACACAAGGUCACCACGAGAGCCACUGUGACCCUGACCAGUUGUACACCAGUUGGAGGUCACCAUCUUCACCAGGUCAAGCCAACAAGAUGGGACUGGUGACCACGCCCUCUAUGCUCACCAACCUGACCCCGACUGACCUGUAUGACCUCCACGAAGGGUCAGACAACACCAGUGACCUCCUGGACUGUGACUGCUACCCCGUCACACCCACUCCCGCGACGUGUACCAGGUGAAGUUCGUGGCGUACGGGGUGGUGAUGCCCGUGCUGGUGUGCGUGGGCGUGCUUGGUGACCUGCUCAACCUGGUGGUGCUGACGCGUCCCAACAUGACCGGCGUGGCGUACGUCUACAUGCGGGGGUACGCGGCGGCUUCCCUGUUCGCCCUGCUGUGCGCCAUCCCCUUCACCCACCGCGUGCUGGCCCAUGACCAGGGGCGGUGGGACUCCUACCUGGUGGCGGCCUUCCAUGCCCACGUAGUGCUGUACUUUGGGAACUCCUGCAUUGGCAUCGGGGUAGUGAUGCUGCUGGCCCUCACUGUGGAGCGCUUCAUUUCUGUGUGCUACCCGGCCCAGGCCAGAAAUCUGUGUGGUGGCCGCCGCGCCUACGUCACCGUUUGUGUUAUCCCAGUGACCACCUUUGUCCUCAAUAGUCCCUACCUCUUUCUGGCUCACGUGGUCACCUGCAGGUCAGCAGAGACAGGUGGCCUUCUCCAUCUGAAGCAGCAGAACACGUGGCUGGUGGAGGCAUGGUGGUUCCGUGGCUACAAGUGGAUGCUGGAGGUUGUGUUUAAGCUCCUCCCCGCCCUGGUGCUGGUCUUCCUCAACAUUCGCAUCAUUCGCACCUACAAGGCCGUGUGUGAGAAACGCCGCAAGAUGACCAACAAGGUGAGCGGUGAGCAGCGGAGGCAGUACGCUGAGGAGAGUCGGCUGAUGUUCCUGCUCGGGGGAACCUCAACACUGUUCUUCGUGUGCAUGACGCCAAUGAUCCUCCUGUCCGUCACCAUACACCACGCCUGGGCCACCUCCCUGGCCUUUGAGGUGUUCCGAGCCACUGCCAACGUUUUGGAGGUAACAAACUUUGCUGUCACCUUCUACAUCUACUGUGUGUUCUCAAAAGACUUCAGAGAGACUUUCCUUCGUACCCUGCGCUCGGCCAAGGAAAACUCCGUAGGCGCCUCCUUCCUAGGCUCUGUGUCUGGCCUGAAGGAGGCAAUCCGGCCCCCCUAGGGACACGCCCCUCACACCCCAAUGCAGCAUCCUACCGCCACCACCACUGCCACCAGUGCUACACCAGCUCCUGUGGCUGUAUGACUGACUUAGUGUGUGUGUGUGUGUGCGUGUGUGUGUGUGUGAGAGAGAGAGAGAGAGAGAGAGAGAGAGAGAGAGAGAGAGAGAGAGAGAGAGAGAGAGAGAGAGAGAGAGAGAGAGAGAGAGAGAGAGAGAGAGAGAGAGAGAGUGUGUGUGUGUGUAAAGCUUCAAGUAAUAAUGUAGAGUACCAGUGUUUAUUUUAUUUUCAUUGUUGAUAUUGUUGCUACUGCUAUUGUUGUUGAUGUAUGAAUUGUAGUUUGAGAUCAUGAAAAAAAGUAGGUGCAAAGUCAGCACCAAAAACUGAAUUAAGAUAGUAUUCAAGCAUUCACAGUAAGGCUGAAGUCCCCAUCCUCUGUACGUUUAUUUCCCUCAUGAUAAGAUAAGAUAAUGAGAAGAGGGAAGAAUCACACCUCUGGCUCUAAUGUUGGGUUAGUGAGUGUAUAUAUGUCAUGUGGCAUGAGUGAUGCUAAAUUGGAUAAGUCUGGAAGGCUGUGGUGAGAUAAGAGUUGGAUGUGUUAGCUCAAGGAAGAGUAAAGAGGAAGAGGUCUGCUAAGCGUGAGAUAAGGAGUGAGAUUAUUUUGUAGUCCUAGAGUGGGAGGGAAGCCAUUUGGAAUGAUGAUUAAUGGGUAUUUGCAGUUUUAGGGCAAAUGUUUAUGUAAUAUAUGUGAAAGAUCUUCAUGUUGCAAUUGACCCCCAUACAGUAUGGUCAGUGAAGAUAACUUUCUCUUUGCAAAGAUGUGAGGGAUUAUUUUGUGAGUGUGUGUGAGAGUGGGUGUGAGUGAGAGGGUGGGUGUGCAUGUGGGAGCUUUGUCUUGGCCAAUUCCUUUUCCUGGGAGGUGUCAGAAUGGUUUAAAGUUAAAAUAUUCAUGAUAAUGUGUUGUAAAUCAUUUUGUUAUGGAACAAAAUCUGAUCUAUAUGAAUAUAUAUGUAAAAUUAUCUUAAGAUUAUGGAACAAAAUCUAAUAUAUAUCUAUAAAUAUAUGUUGCUGGUAAAAUGGUAGGAGUAGGAAAUCACAUUGCAGAUAUCAUUAGUUGUAGUUAUGUAACAUGUGAUGCACGAGUUAUAAAAUUAAUGAUAACCUCAAAGUUGCAAAAAUUUUAGGAUUAAAAUUUAUCAUAACUUAAUCUGGAUAGUUACACAAAAAGUAACUAUGUUAAUGACACAUAUAGUAAUGAAACUGUAGUAGUUGCGAUGUUCAGUUGUACGUAAUUAAAUGCAAUAUGUGAUAAGAAACCAAAGAGUGAGAG